GGCCAGUUCACGGAAGCUCGUUGGUUUUCGACUCAGGUGUUCAUGCGAGACGAGUUCGUCGACUGAUGCGAUGCCAACAAGUGACAUGUUCGGUCGCUUAUUUCGCCCAAAGCCUCGGAUGCCCUUAAUAAAUGACCAGCAGCAAUGCAUGCUCGUCAGCCGCCUGCCGCGCGAGCUCCGGGACAUGAUAUGGGAAGAGGUACUCGGGGGAAUGACGAUCCAUCUUGUGCGCACUAGGACGAAGAUCAAAGCGAUUCUGUGUGAAUUAAACCACGAUCAGCAGCGUCCGAUUUGCAAACAUCCAUGCUGGGGGCAGAGCGAGGAGGAGGUGAAGAUCAAGCCGAUCUGCUACCAGUCGAAAGUCGGGGGGUUGUAUACAGGUCCGCUUCAGGAAUUUCCCGUGACUUGCCCUAAUUUGCUCCCGCUGGUUUGUACGUGUCGAAGAAUAUACGCGGAGACCAUCUCCAUCCUCUACACGCACAACACCUUCCAAAUCAACCAUCUCUCCACGCUGAUUCAACUCUCCUCGACACCGGUUCUCUCCCGAAUCCGUAGACUGAGCUUGUAUCAUUAUUUCCCCGUUGAUUUCGAUCCAACACGUACGCCUAAGUGAAUGAAACUGUGCGGGCCCAUCGCACCGUAUGACCUGGGGACAUGGCAUGAGGGCUGUCGCGCACUGGCCAGGAUGGUCGGACUAGAGGAGCUGAGCAUCCACAUUGGGGGCUACUCGCUGUGUGCAUGGGAGAUGUUUUCGACGGUUGCGGAGCCGUUGAGGAAUAUCCAAGUCUCCAGACUCUUUGAGGUGCUUUUGCCGUGGGACGACGAAGUGCAGGGAUAUGUAAUUCAUGGGAUGCCGUUCAAGCUGCGGGGCGCGAGCGAUCAGGAUUGUUGUUGAUGGCUAUAUCUUUCGGACCCUAUGAGAUUUCGGUGUUUCGCUCGUGUAGCAGGGGUAGCGCUAGCUAGCUAAGCAUUCGUUUCAAUGAUGAUCAUCCACAUUAGCU